UCUGUUUCCACGCCUCCCACUUUCACCCCCAUUGUGGUGAAUCUCUGGCUCGUACACACUUUGCCAGACUUCUAGGAGUUGGAGCGACUGAUCGAAGAGGCAACGCCGACAACGUUAGGAGAAAAAAGGAGAAGGGAAAACAUAACCUCUUCCCCGCAUGGAUCUGCUUCCUUCUCUUCAGGGAGUUCCAGGAGCGGCAAUGGUUUGCGUUGCUGGAAAUUUUGCAGACGCGUACCAAAGAGAAAGAGCACAAGUGCUUUACGCUGCAAAGUUGUAAAAGUAGUUCCCUUUAAGUUCUUGUUUUUUCCGCGACCAUCUCGGACUUCGUCUUUCUCCAGCCUAUAAACCUACAACCAUCAUGGCGAGACGGACUGCGGAGAAACCUCUGGUUUUGACGCCGACUACGCGCGCUGCUUUCCGGGAUAAACACCUUCGCUUUCACAGGGUCUUGUUGGCUUCACCAUUGAGCUUCGUUUUAAUCUGUUCGGUUCUUUCUUGUGGAUACUGCGGAGCAGAGACGGAGUUUUCAAUCCUGGAAGAAGCGCAAGUUUUAGCGGAGCAAAUGAAAAAGCUGUCCGCUCAGGAGCUGGGAGUCUUUACUAUGCAGAGGAUUUUUAACUCUUUCGUGUACACAGAGAAGACAUCAAACGGAGAGACAGAAGUGCAGCAGCUGGCCAAGAAGAUUCGGGAGAAGUUUAACCGUUACCUGGAUGUCGUGAACAGGAACAAACAGGUGGUAGAGGCUUCGUACACCGCCCACCUCACCUCUCCGCUCACUGCAAUACAGGACUGCUGCUCCAUACCAGCAUCAAUGAUGGAGUUUGAUGGAAACUUCAAUACCAACGUCUCCAAGACCAUCUGCUGUGACAGACUUUCCCCCACCGUCAACAGCCGAGCUUUCAACCCCGGACGAGACCUCAACUCAGUGCUGGCUGACAACCUGAAGUCCAACCCAGGCAUAAAGUGGCAGUAUUUCAGCUCAGAGGAGGGCAUCUUCACCGUCUUUCCUGCUCACAAGUUUCACUGCAAAGCAAACUAUGAGCACCGCAGCAGGCCUGUGUAUGUCUCUGCAGUUCGGCCACAGUCUAAACACAUUGUGGUGAUGGUGGACCAUGGAGCUUCUGUAACUGAAACCCAGCUUCAGAUUGCCCGGGAUUCAGCGUUGGUCAUCCUCAAUGCCAUAGAUGAACACGACAAGAUCUCCAUUCUGUCGGUAGCAGAGACGGUUCGCUCCUGUUCUCUAGACCAGUGCUAUAAGAGUUUGCUGUCUCCAGCUACCAGCGAGACCAAGAGGAAGAUGAGCACCUUCAUCUCCAAUAUUAAGGCAUCCGAUGGAGCCACCCAACAUGCAGCUGGCUUCCAGAGGGCCUUCCAGCUGCUCCGCAACACCAGCAGUCUCAGCAAACAGAGCACCACCACAGACAUGGUGAUCAUCUAUCUGUCAUCCGGCAUCACGUCUCGAGAGUCGUCAGAGCAGGAGAAGAGAGCCACUCUCAGUGUGGUCAGAGAGGAGAACCGACACCUCAACAACUCGGUCAUGAUCCUCACUUACGCUCUCAUGAAUGAGGGAGUUACAGGCUUGAAGGAGCUUGCCUUCCUAAGAGACCUGGCAGAGCAGAAUUCAGUGAAGUAUGGAGUCGACCGAAUGUUUGACCGAGAGCGCUCCUCUGUCGCGUCCUCGGCCGGAUCUGCAGGAGCUUCCAUGAUGCAGGUGAUGAAAGGCAGUAUGAUGGUGCUGAACCAGCUGAGCAACCUUGAGACGACGGUAGGACGCUUUUACAUCAACCUGCCCAAUCGUAUGAUCGACCUGGCCCGCUUCAGCCUGCCCUACUCUGACCCGAUGGGAGAUGGAUUUAUUAUGACUGUGAGCCGGCCAUGUUACUUUGGUAACCUGCUUCUGGGUGUCGUUGGGGUGGACGUAAACCUGGCCUACAUCCUGGAGGACGUCACCUACUACCAAGACUCCCUGGCUUCAUACACCUUCCUCAUUGACAACAAAGGUUACACCCUGAUGCACCCUUCACUGACGAGGCCCUACCUGAUGACUGAGCCUCCCCUGCACACAGAUAUCAUCCACUAUGAGAAUAUCCCAGGAUUCCCUGUUGUCCGACAGAACAUCCUCAGCCUCCCUUUGGGCAGUCAAGUCAUUGCUGUGCCUGUUAACUCCUCCCUGUCCUGGCACACCAACCGCCUCAGAGACAACAGCAAAGACGCGUACAAUGUCAGCUACGCCUGGAAACUGGUCCAGGACACGUCAUUCAUCCUGUGUAUUGUGUACGUGCAACCAGAGAUCCCAGUGAAGCAGCUGAAGAAUCUGAAUACAGCUCCCAGCUCUAAGCUGCUCUAUCAUCGUCUGGAUCUGCUGGGUCAGCCCAGCUCCUGCCUGCACUUCAAGCAACUCGCCACUGUUGAAUCUCCCACAGUGAUGCUGGCAGCUGGUAGCUUCUCCUCUCCCUAUGAGCACCUCAGUCAGCCAGAAACAAAGCGGAUGGUGGAGCACUACACUGCCUACCUGAGUGAUAACACCAGGCUCAUAGCCAACCCAGGCCUCAAGUCCUCUGUCAGGAACGAGGUUAUGGCGACUAGUCACGUCACGGAUGAGUGGAUGACACUAAUGGAAAUGAGUAGCCUCAACUGCUACAUUGUCCGGCGUUACAUAGCAACGCCCAGCGGGGUGCUCCGGAUUUACCCAGGAUCGCUGAUGGACAAAGCUUUCGACCCGACCCGCAGACAAUGGUACCAGCAUGCUGUGGCUAACCCUGGUCUCAUCACCUUUACGGGGCCUUACCUGGAUGUUGGGGGGGCCGGCUAUGUUGUCACCAUCAGCCACACUAUUCAUGCCUCCAGCUCUCAGAUGGCCCCUGGCUAUGCCAUCGCAGUAAUGGGUAUAGACUUCACACUUCGGUACUUUUAUAAGGUCUUACUGGACCUGCUACCCAUCUGCAACCAGGACAAAGGCAACAAGAUCCGGUGCUUCAUCAUGGAGGACAGAGGCUACUUGGUUGCUCACCCCACUCUCAUUGACCCUAAAGGUCAUGCCCCUACAGAGCAGCAGCACAUCACACACAAGGAGCCACUGGUGGCCAACGACAUCCUGAACCACCCCAACUUUGUCAAGAAAAACCUUUGUAACAGCUUCAGUGACCGCACAGUGCAGCGCUUCUACAAGUUCAACACCAGCAUAUUGGGAGACCUCACCAAUCUGGUCCAUGGCAGCCACUGUUCCAAGUACCGCCUGACCAGAAUCCCCGGCACCAACGCGUUUGCUGGUAUCGUCAACGAGACGUGUGACUCGCUGGCGUUCUGUGCCUGCAGCACGGUGGACCGUCUCUGUCUCAACUGCCACAGAAUGGAGCAGAAUGAGUGUGAAUGUCCAUGUGAGUGCCCUCUGGAAGUCAAUGAGUGCACAGGCAACCUCACCAAUGCUGAGAACAGGAACCCCAGUUGUGAAGUGCAUCAAGAGCCUGUCAGUCUGAAUGUGAUUGAUCCCAGUCUACAUGACACUUUGCCCCAGUGUAUCAACACCCGCUGUGGCCAGAGAUACACCAGCAGUGACUGUUUUGGCGUGUUGGACUGUGAGUGGUGCAUGGUGGACAGUGAUGGCAAAACUCACCUGGACAAGCCAUACUGUGCCCUGCAGAAGGAGUGUUUUGGAGGCAUCGUCGGUGCAAAGAGCCCCUAUGCAGACAGCCUUGGGCUGCUUGAUGAGGAGGUGGCAUCUUUGAACAUGAUCAAGAGUGCCCCUGUGGGUCCAGUUGCUGGGGGCAUCAUGGGAUGCAUCAUGGUGCUGGUGCUGGCUGUGUAUGCAUACAGACACCAGAUCCACAGACGCUCACACCAGCACAUGUCACCUCUGGCUGCACAAGAAAUGUCAGUGAGAAUGUCCAACCUUGAUAAUGAAAGAGAUGAGAGGGAUGAAGACAGUCAUGAGGACAGAGGAAUAAUCAGUAAUACCAGGUUUAUAGCUGCAGUGAUCGAAAGACACACUCACACUCCUGAGCGGAGACGGAGGUACUGGGGGAGAUCUGGAACAGAGAGUGACCACGGCUACAGCACCAUGAGUCCACAGGAGGACAGUGAGAAUCCACCAGGAAACAACGACCCGCUGUCGGCAGGUGUUGAUGUCGGUAACCAUGACGAUGACAUGGACCUGGACACGCCUCCUCAAACAGCAGCAUUGCUUAGCCACAAGUUUCAUCCCUAUCGGCACACGCACACACACCACCACCCUUUACACACGCAUACACACCAUCUGCAGGCUGCAGUGACCGUGCACAGUGUGGAUGCAGAAUGCUGAUCCUCAGCUUUCUGAUGUGGACUGAACUUUUUAAAAACUUAUUUUUUGAAAGAAAGAAAGAAAAAAAAACACUUUUAUGCUUAAUUUGAUAACACGCAGUGUAUACUGCCAAGAGGGAGGGGGAUGCCACCGCUGGACUCUCUCCUGGCCACUGGGAUUUAUGUCCUGACUGAUGGAUGAUGCAGUGCUGCAUUACCAUGGCAACCUUUUAACCUUGACCCAUCUUUUAUUCAACCCAACUUGAAAUCUGGCAGAUAUACAACACAGCAUAUAAACAGUCUUGGGCCAGUAUGUAAAGCCAGUUGGGAUUUUUAGUUUUUCUUUUGAAGGAAUUCAAACUCACAAGUAAGAGAAGCUAACAUGAUGCCGUUUCAGCCCAUUCAUCAGACAUCGUUGAAGAAAGCACACAACUGGAGCCUAAAAGCUUUGAACAGGGACAAAACUUUUAUUUUUCAAUGUUUUCCUGUUCAAGUGGAUAAUUUAAUCUGAGCUGGAGCUCCUUGUGGAUCUCUUUUAACCAAGUCUUCAGCACAAAACAGGUAGCUUGCCAGCCAAGCCCACUUGUGGAAAAGGGUGGGAAGGGAACAGAGCACUCCUUAUAUUUGUGAAAACUGUGGGGCAUCUCUAGUGAUACUUUAUUUCAUAAAAAAAAAAAAAAAAAAAAAAAAGAUCUUGUUUCCAUUUCACCUUUCACUCACGUUGGCGCUGCAACUCCAGAGUUUUUUAUUUUGUUCUCUCUGAUAGUUGCACCCUUAAUCCAAAGGAGAGGCUGCUGGUCUCAUACAACAAGCAGUGGGAAGAUUUUUGGACAUUUUCAUGAAUGUCUGUGAACUUCAGUGUAGGAAAAGUUUCAGUGUAUCACAUAAAUGCCAGAGGAAAUGCUUUUAAGAGGAAGAUAUUAUUUUUCUACUAUUUAUUAAAGAGGUAGAGCUUCAAGCCAGAUAAGUAAGCAGCUGCCGCCAUUGCAGACGUUUUUGCAACCAGUGCAUCAGAUUUCCAGCUCAUUAUUUUUAGUUUAGUUUUUAUUUUCCAAAAAACAUUGUUACUUAUUUAGGAAUUUAAAAACAUGUUUAUUACAACAGCUGGGAUUAUAUUUUCAUCAAGUUGAACUACCAUGUACACUCAAAAAUCCAUUUCUAAGAUGGAUCUGUCUAUUCUGUGAAAUCCAAUGCAACAUCCCUGUCAUAAGCACUAAUUUUAUUAAACCUUUUUGCCACCGCUACAGAGAUGUUAAAUAUGUUCCAGCACUAAAAAUGUAAUUUGCUGCAUGCCUUUCUUAUGUAUAUAAAGAAGCAUUUUUCAGCAUAAUGUUGGUUAGCAAACUAACCAACCAACAACCAACCAGCAAAAUGGCCCAAAAAAGUAAAUAUUAAGAGUUCCCAUUGCAGGAAUGUUGCAUUGCAUUUCAUUUCAUUUACUGGUAUAUGAUGUAAAAUUCCAACUCUGUGUAGUAGAGAUGAGCAGGGACCUAAAAAUCUGAGUGGAAAAUCUUCUUUCAAAAAUAUCCAGGUGUUUUUUUCUUUUGUCCAAGACAAAAAAAAAAAAAAAAAAACAGUUAAAAUGUUUAGCCUUAAUCACAUCUUGUUUCAAAGCAGUUAGCAGGAUGUGUUUUUUCUGUCAUGUUUUUAGUUCUAGGGGUUCACGUGAGAUAAAACUGGGAAGGAAGAAAAAAACAAAAUGAAAAAAAAAAAAAAUUGUCAUGCUGGACAUGUCUUCUGCAUCAGGAGGCAGAACCUUUGUGCUCACUGAAAAUUUUCAGCCUCCUGUGAAUGGAGGAAAGAAGACUGAAGCUAACACCAGCAAAAGAAAAAAAAAGUUCCCAGUUAAAGUUACUGCUGGGGGUUCGGUGUGUGAGAAUAACUGGGGUGGGGCCUCACAGCUGCCGAAUGUCAACCCGAGUAGAAAAACCUGGAGAGAAUGUUUCUUUCACUACAACCUUUUUGGCUCCGAGGCCCAGCUGAUGCUGUACGUGUGUUAAGGUUGUUUGCUGGAUUUUGUGCAAAACAAGUUGAAUUUCCAGCGAUGCCUAUGAUGCAGUCUCCUUCUCAUCAAAGAGAGAAAAAAGAUAGAGAUGCUGCUGUCAUCGCACAGAGGUUACACCCAUCUGUUGUCUCCUCUGUGGUUAACCACUCAAAAUGUAUUUUCUACAUGUGUUUAAUUAAAUGUGUGUGUGUCAGAGAGAGUGUGUGAUGAAAAUUGUGAUUAUCCACCUGGAACGUUUUCAUUGAAUGCAUUAUUUUUCGUAAUAGUAUUAGAAAAUUAUAGAGGAAAUUAUUAUGAUUGAGAAAUCCACUUAUUUUUAUUCUAAUGAAGAGUCUGAACUUGACCCGAUGUGUGUGUGCUCCAUGGGUUUGAUUGUUCAGCAGGUCAGUGUGGCAUCCAUUUUUUUUUUUUUCCUUUGGAUGCCGAAAUCUCUGUUGUUCUACAGAGAUUUAUCAUGAAGUGUAAAUACAGAAUCACAAAUAGCUAUUAAUGUUCUGUACACUCCAUUUUUUAAAAAUGUUGGUGAAACAUGAUGUAUUCUCACGAUGCUCAGAUACUCGGGUUAUUGACUUGUCUGUUCAUGGUGUCUUGCUAUAUUUUUGAAGCCUUGGAUGUUUUUUUUUUAGGCUUAUUUUUCUUUAGGUCCAUAUUGGAUGAAUGUCAGUACUUUUUAAAAUGAAUACAUACUUUAUGUUUAAGAGAAUUCUAGUUUUUAAAGGUCUAUUGUGUCUUCGAAAUGUUUAUGAAAACUCAACAAGCUCAUUUAGAAUUGUAGUAAGAGAGUACGACAGCUUUUCGGUGAGUAAUGACCAAAACAACAGCCUUGUAGUGGAUUAUAGAUUACAGUAAGCAGUGCUAUGGUUUUGUUGCUACUUAAAAACUGUCAGCUGUGUUCAUUUACAGCCUUUGUAAUGUGCUUGAUGCUUUGUGAGCUCAUUAAGGGUUCAUCUACACAAGUGCUAAAUCAUCUGAUGAAAUGGAUUUGUCAUAGUACUUGUUCAUGUUCCUCAAAGUACUACUACUGUUGAAUGCAAGGGGUUAAAUGUGCCACUCAUAUCUUAAAUUACAGAAAUGUUUACUAGCAUCCCCGAAUGUUUGACCUGUUUUCUUUACUCAACAUGGUACGCAGUUUCAGUAAGUUUAAUUUCACGUGGAAGAAAUCUAAUGGAAGCGAUUGUUGGAUCUAAUGCGUUAUUUCCAGCAUUGUGUGUGCUGGGCCUUUUUUUUUUUUCGUUCAUUUUUGUUCCUGGAGUGCUUUUAAACAGUAUUUACCGGCUGUUGUAAGCAAAUAUAUAUGUGUGUGUAUAAAGAACAUUCUGAAUUGCAAUCAAUUUACUGAGGGAACAUGUACGCCAGCCCCCAUGUAUCAUUUAAAAGUUAUCAAAUUGAAAUUUAUUGCAAUGUGAA